CUUUCACUUCUGCUCGAUCGUCUCCUAAGCUUAGUCUGUGUGAAAGUAUCUUCAAGCAAUCAAGCAUGAGCUUCUACAGUCACAACUCCUCUGUCGACGUCGAUGACCAUCUCAAAAGUUUGGGAUGGUACCAUUACGACCUGUCCCGCCACACUGCAGAGGCUCUGCUCUUGUCGAAUGGAAGUGAUGGCAGUUACCUGCUGAGGAACAGUAAUGGUGGACCAGGACACUUCGCUCUGUCUGUCAGAGCCAACAACUCUGUGAAGCAUUUUCAUGUGACGCACACGGAUAAUGGUUACCUGUUUGGGUUCAACAAGUUUUCCACGCUGCAAGACUUCAUCAGCCAUUUUGCAAAUCAGCCCCUUGUUGGCAGUGACACAGGAACUCUUCUGGUGCUCAAGCAGCCAUACCCUUGGCGAGUGGAGGAACCAUCCAUCUACGAGUCUGUGAGAGUUCACACAGCCAUUCAGACUGGGCGUACUGAAAAUGACCUGGUGGCCAAUGCACCAUCGUUGGGAACCAAAGAAGGCUACCUUGUAAAACAAGGAUUAUUAGUGAAGACUUGGAAGCAGCGCUGGUUCACACUCAGCAGACAUGAGCUCAAAUACUUUAAAGACAAGAUGUCUGCUGAACCUAUCCGAACCCUUGACCUUAGAGAGUGUUCUGCGGUCCAGUUCGACUACUCUCAGAACAGAGUCAACUGCUUCUGUCUGGUGUUUCCUGAGAGGACCUUCUACUUGUGUACAAAGACAGCUGUGGAAGCAGAUGAGUGGAUCAAGAUCCUCAGAUGGAAACUGUCACAGAUCCAGAAAGGACGAUAACCACCUGCAUUCAAGGAUAUGACUACAAGCAAGGACGUCAGCCAUCUACCGUCAUAAAGAAGGGAUUCAUUGACAGCCACAUCGAUCGAUGUGAUAGCUAUCUCGCAACAGGGCAGUGGUACUGUCCUACCGCUGCUAAUUUAUUACAUUUUUUAGUGUUUGCUUGUUUUAUCUUUUAAAUGAACUCAUCUAUAAUGAUUAUUUGACCUUGUGACGCUUACAUGAAUGUAAAUGUUCAGAGCGAAAAAUAAAAACACUCCAACUGAGGUCGUGGGUCACCUUUAGAUGAAUAGCAAAUCUGAGCAUCUGAGAUGCUGGUUUCAGUCAUAUUCCCAGUGUGCCCCAGUGCUAAAAUCACUGUUCAGACAGUGUUCACGAGCCAUUACUGAUCGAUUAUUUAUUGAGGAAGCGGACUUUAUUUAGAAUCAAACAUAGCGGUGAAACGCCAAAUUGACAGGAUAAGAGAUACAGAGAGUCUUCUUAUAACACACCAACCAUUAUCAAUACACAGAUGGGCUGCUCCAGACUGAGCUGACCGCCAUUAUGUGAUCUCCACUACUUGUCUCAGCUCUUCUAUUAGGGGAGCAAGCUCCUUCUCCAAACUCAUGAUCAGACCUGUGGGCACAAAAGAAACAUUUAACAACCUUUUGGGUGUAAUAGUCUUUUUAAAUUGCAUAAGUCAGUAGCUCAAAAACGGUUAAAAUGCUGUAAAAGAGAGAAAUCUUUAUUAUGACGAAAGUUGGGGAUGGAUGCAAAUUCACAGAUCCAAUGUGUGUAUUUUUACUUUCACCCA